CGAAGACUUGUGCCAUCGGAUGACUUCCCUUCCCUUCUCAGUUCUCCCUAUAUAAACACCUCUCUUUCAAUAUUCCUCUUCACCCCAUAACCAUUAAUUCUGUUUCUCUUUUCUCUCUCUCUCAAGAUAGUUAAUUAGCCAGAUAUAUAUAGUACUGUGGUUCAAGAGGUAUGUCACCGGCAAUAGUCUUGGAGGUUCAAACUCAUUACAAAGAAGAGGAGCUACUAGAGAGUCACGAGUUCCACAAAGGAGUGCAACAUCUAUGCGAGAGAGGGAUAACAAAAGUGCCUAGAAAAUACAUAUUGCCGGCAUUGGACCGUCCUAUUUUCCCAAAAAAAGAUGGCGCUACUAAUUUCAAGCUACCAAUAAUCGAUUUUGCUCAGCUGCAAGGUCCAGAUAGAAUUCAUGCACUCAAAUCCCUUUCAAAAGCUUGUGAGGAAUAUGGUUUUUUUCAGUUGAUAAAUCAUGGCAUUGCAUGUCAAUCCAUCCUCGACAUGAUUGAAGCAGGAAGGAAAUUCUUCGAGCUUUCUUUCGAGGAGAGAUCGAAGUACAUGUCAAAAGAUAUGCGUGCACCAGUUAGAUAUGGAACAAGUUUUAACCAGAACAAAGAUAGAGUGUUUUGCUGGAGAGACUUCUUAAAGCUUGAUUGCCAUCCCCUUUCAGAUGUUCUUCCUUAUUGGCCCUCUUCUCCUACGGAGCUAAGGCAAGCGGCGGUUAACUACUCUAAAGAAACAAAAUUCUUGUAUAUAAUGGUUGUGAGGGCGAUACUAGAGAGCCUAGGAUUGGCUGAAACAACAAAAGAUAUUGAUGAAAAUGAUGGUGAUCAUCAUAUAAUUAAGGAGUUUCAAGAUGGGAGCCAACUCCUUGUGGUCAACUGCUAUCCUUCAUGUCCUGAACCUGACCUCACACUUGGCAUACCACCCCAUUCAGACUAUGGCUUCCUUACACUGCUCCUCCAAGAUGAAGUUAAGGGUCUCCAAAUUCAGCAUGAAGGGAGAUGGGUCACAGUGGAACCAAUCCCUAAUUCAUUUGUUAUUAAUGUUGGUGAUCAUCUCGAGAUUUUCAGCAAUGGGAGAUACAGGAGUGUGCUCCAUAGAGUACUAGUCAAUCCUUCGAAGUCUCGGAUCUCCAUUGCCUCGUUACACAGUUUACCUUUUGGCAGCAUGGUUCGACCGUCGCCAAAGCUCAUCGAUGAUGCUAAUCCAAGGCGUUAUAAGGACACAGACUUUGCGAGUUUUAUUGAAUACAUAGCAUCUCAUGAACACAGGAGCAAGAACUUCCUCGAUUCUAGGAGAUUGACUUGAGGGGGCAAGAAAAGAUAUUCUGCAAUUUUAUAUAGGUACGGACAAGGUAAUGGAGUAAGGAAUUGUCAGGAGGUGCUAGGGUUCUAGCUAGGAAAGUACUGUAUUCUGCAAUUUUAUUAGUAAUAAAAGUAUAUACUAUACUUUCAUGCUAAAAAA